AUGACGAGAAAGAAGACGACCGAGAUUCGGCGUAAAAAGGAUGAAAUCAGUGACAAAAAAGCAAUUGUGAGCUCGGAGAGUAAGCACAAGCCGCGCACACCGGCCGAUCGUGGAACGAACGUACGCGAUCGUCCCGCGCAUAUCCGCAUCCCGCCAAGUCCACGGCCGAGCUCACGUCCCGACCCGGAAAGCAACGUCCCGGUCGAGCCGUCCUUAGCUCGCCACCACAAGCCGUGCACGACCGCGCCGCGCGAACAGGAAGGCAACAGCUCGCGGCCGCGCGGCACAACCCAUGUACCGCGGCCGACCCAUCCGCCGACAGGAAGGCAUCGUCCCGUGACCGGCCAAGUUUCAUCGGCCAAAACCUAUCCAUCCGUCCGACCCCGUCGGCCGAACACGAAAACUAUCGGCCACGAUCGUCCCGACCGUACCGAUGGCCGACUACGACCCGAUGACGGCCGACCGUCCCGACCGACCGUCCGAACGGUCCGAUCGACCCGAAGCCCGUUUCACACGUUUUCACAGCCCGGCUUGACCUAA